AAAGUGCAUGAAAAACAAGGCCGUCUCCAAAUUCGGCCGCGCCAUGCCCAGGGAUGACAUUAGGCCGGAGAAGGGUGAUGACAGGCCGGACCGGUGCAGCCGGGGGAGCUGGUGGCUGGGAUCGCUGAGAGACACGCCCGUCCCAGGCGUCUAUCACAUCAGAGACUUCAUCGAGGAAGCUGAGCUGAACCCUGUGAGAAAGACGUACGGGUUCAAAGGCGUGGGGAGGAGAGCUCCGACGCUGGAUGUGCGCAAGGGGGACCUGCUGCUGCCUGGUGCGUACGACUACACCGACUCCACGCAGGAGGUCCUGACGCGCCAGGCGUCCUACUCUUUCAAAGCCUGCCCGCGAUCCAGCAACGUCACCCUGGGAGUCAGAGAUAAGCACAUAAACACCUCGCCGUGCGACUACAAUGUGACAGCGAAGCCGGUGGAGAAGAUUCCCUGCAAGCAUGUGAUGUUUCGGUCUACUGUGCCUCGGAUCAGCUUUCCACCUAGAGAGGGUCCCGCUCCAGGCCACUACAACCCACAGAGCAGAGCGGCUAAAGGCAUCACGUCCUGCUUCAGAUCCACACUGCCCCGGCUCCACUGCGUCCCCUCAGAGACCCCAGGACCUGGGUCCUAUGAACCUUACUGGAAGCUGUAUGAACACAAAGGUGGUGGAACCAUAUUUUAGACAUUUUCUGUGGGCUCCGCAACCCCUUCCUCAUAAAAUAAAAGUAAAAAUCCAAACC